GUGUGAAGAUGGUCCCAACUAAAUUGUAAACCAAAGAGGAGUCGACGGAGAAUCUUCAUCUUCCUGACUCUGCGCCUGUGUGAUUGCCGCCAUUAUUACUCUUUUUUAUACGUCGCUCAUAAUAUAUAACCGUUUUUUUUACCUCGCUCAAAUUCAUAACCAUUUUAUAUUUGCUCUAUUUUUCGAUGGCGACGACGGCAAUGGCGACGGCAACCGUAAACCUGCCUCCUUCUUCAGCUUUCAUGUCUUCAACACCUGAUUGCCUCACGUCUUCCUGCAGCACGGUCACCGAUAUUUUAUUCCACCGCCAAUUACCUAGACCACCACUCCGCCUUCGUCUCUCUUCUACCAGUACCCGCUGCAGCUAUGACGACAACGCUACGGACUCUGAUUCCAUCGUUACUGCUUUUCCGCCCAACGGUUUUGCAUUCCCCGUCUAUAACGGGGAAAAACAUGUUUAAUUGAUGAAAUUUGGACGGUCUUAUCUGAUUGUGAACCAAAUUUACCUAAGUCGAUGUCGAUUACUCAUCAUGCAGAGUCUAUUGAUAACAAUUGGAGGCUGACUCGGGUUAAUUUAAAUUCUCAAAGGAAAACGAAGAUCAUCUGUACUAUUGGCCCUUCAAGUAGCUCGCGCGAUAUGAUCUGGAAACUGGCUGAAGCUGGAAUGAAUGUGGCUCGUUUAAAUAUGUCUCAUGGUGAUCAUGCAUCACACCAAAAAACUAUAGAUCUGGUCAAAGAAUACAAUGCACAAUUUGAGGAUAGAGUUGUUGCCAUAAUGUUAGAUACCAAGGGCCCUGAGGUUAGAAGUGGAGAUGUUCCACAGCCGAUCCUUCUCAAGGAGGGACAAGAGUUCAAUUUUACAAUCAAAAGAGGAGUUAGUACAGCUGACACAGUUAGUGUUAAUUAUGAUGACUUCAUAAAUGAUGUUGCUGUUGGAGAUAUUAUACUGGUUGAUGGUGGAAUGAUGUCUUUUACUGUGAAAUCAAAGACAGAAAAUUUGGUAAAAUGUGAAGUAGUUGAUGGUGGAGAACUGAAGUCAAGGCGUCAUCUGAAUGUGCGCGGGAAAAGUGCGACACUCCCUUCAAUAACAGAAAAGGACUGGGAAGACAUUAAGUUCGGUGUGGAUAACCAAGUUGAUUUCUAUGCUGUUUCUUUUGUCAAAGAUGCCAAGGUUGUCCUUGAACUAAAAGAUUAUCUCAAACGUUGCAGUGCAGAUAUUAGUGCAAUAGUAAAGAUUGAAAGUGCUGAUUCCAUACCAAAUCUUCAUUCUAUCAUUUCUGCAUCUGAUGGGGCAAUGGUAGCUCGUGGUGAUCUUGGAGCUGAACUCCCGAUUGAGGAAGUUCCCUUGUUACAGGAGGAAAUCAUAAGAAGGUGUAGAAACAUGCAAAAACCAGUUAUAGUAGCUACAAAUAUGCUAGAGAGUAUGAUUGAUCACCCAACACCAACAAGAGCUGAGGUUUCUGACAUUGCGAUUGCAGUACGAGAAGGUGCUGAUGCGAUAAUGCUUUCAGGAGAAACAGCUCAUGGGAAAUUUCCAUUGAAGGCAGUUAAGGUGAUGCAUACUGUGGCCCUGAGGACCGAAUCUAGCUUACCGUUUACCAGCAGCUUACUAAGUGGAGCUGCUGCUUAUAAGAUCCAUAUGAGUGAUAGGUUUGCCCUUCAUGCCACCGAAAUGGCCAACUCUCUGGGUACACCAAUCAUAGUUUUCACAAGAACAGGUUCUAUGGCAAUAGCUUUGAGUCAUUAUCGACCAUCUUCGACAAUAUUUGCUUUUACAAAUGUUGGAAGGGUGAAGCAGCGCCUGUCCCUUUAUCAUGGUGCAAUGCCCAUAUAUAUGGAGUUUACAGAUGAUAUUGAGGAGACCUUCUCUCAAGCUCUGAAGCUUCUAUUGAAAAAGGGUCUUGUGGCUAAAGGGCAGUAUGUAACUCUGGUCCAAAGUGGAGCACAACCAAUUUGGCGACGAGAAUCCACACAUCAUAUUCAAGUACGCAAAGUGCAGAGCUGAUGCACGAAUAAGAGGGAAAUAAAGCUUCUGCUGUGCAGAGAUAUCGCUGGAUAAUAAAUCUUAAGUUGAGCUAAAAUCGGGGUAAAUAUGUUUAAAAUUUACUCUAUUGCAGUAAUAAAAUUACAUUGUCAAUUUGUUUUACAACGUUAAUGUUAUUGCUUGCAAGUUAUGAUAUUAGCAUUUAUAGAA